AUGAACUUUAUGGACACAGUGUUUGUGGCCAAAUGUGCUGUUCCUCACUACCUAGUGGAGCCACCUGUGCUCAUGGAGACCACUGAUGAUUGGUAUUAUCACAUCCCUCUGAAACGAUCAGAGGAACAAGUUAGUUCAGAUGUUGCACAACAGCCAAAAUCUCAUAUCCUAGGUCAUGGUGAUUUUGAGGGUCCUCACCAUGACAUUACCUUUGGGGGUCGAAGAAAGUGGAUCAGGGAUACUGAUUCAGAAUAUGUAAAACUGGCAAAGCAAGGAGGUCGACCAGAUUUACUGAGACAUUUUACUUCACCACGAAAAGUAUCCCCUUACUGUGCACCUGAAUCACAUCAUAGCAAACAAGCAGCUGAUGAUAACUCUAAAUCUCGUGUUCCAGUAAUGCCAGACUACAUGAUUCAUGAAGAAUUUAACUCUGACCAAUCAACCAGAUAUAAACCUAAAAGGGGUCCUUUUGAUUUUGAUACGAAAAGUAUUUGGCAAAGAGAUGCUGAAGAUAAAGAAAACAAAAAGAAAAGAGAGGAAAAUGAUGUUCAGUUUGAGGACUCUCCAAGCAGUGUGAAAAAAGAGAUAAAACUUCCUGCUAUUUCACCACAUAAAACUGAGCAGAGUAUUACAUCCAAAUUCCAGGGAGAAAAACGACUUUACUUCCCUCGAAUGCCUGCUCAUAAAAAAAAUGAGCCUGUAAAUUUCAGCAAACUGAUUAGUAGUGGUUAUGGUGAUGAGUGGCUUCAACAACGUGAUCACUGGGAGAAAAAAAAUACUCUGCCUAAUGAUUCAGAGACAUCCCAGCCAACAUUGACACAAACAGACAUUGAGUAAAAGCUGGUACUUCACAGAAUUUUCACAAUUCUGUUGCUAUUUCCAAAGAGCACUGUGUGCAGGAAACUUAUACAGCUUAGGAAGCAGGCUCCAAUAGUACUCUGCUAACCAGGUAUAAUAGGUGUCAAGCUUCAAAAGGCUUCAAUAGUUCUCUGAUAAACCAACUAUUGCUAAGGCUCGACUACUCUCUUCUAAAGCCACACCCGUUGCUUGAGAGCUGAUGAGUAUCCCUCCAGUUAUAGGACACUGUUAAUAUAAGCUAUGCUUUGACAUUGAACUACUGAAAAGAGUAUAGGGAAACACAAAAAUGAGACCAGCUUGAGCUUUACAGUGCUGAUUUUUUAUUUUUGUAUCUUUUUCUAAGUAAAAGCUAGUUAUUGCAUUUUCUAUGUAAUAAAUUGAAUGUCAGAGUGGUACUUAAAUUAUUUUUCAUAAUAUUGGAUUGUAAUGAUAGUU